UAAGAAAUCCAUCUCAACGACCCAAACAGCACCCGUCAAGAGCUGCCUCCUCUUUUGCUUAUAUAGUUUUAAAAACCAAAGCAGCUUUGUACUCAAUCCUCUAGUUCAUAAAUCUUGACCAGAAUUGCGCUACUGUAAGCCCUGACCAUAUUGUGUGUAUACACUGAAAAAUGGGUUCUGGAAGUCAGCCCCUCUUCCUUUCUCUCAUUCUCACAAAUCUUGUUGGUCUCACCAUUGCCCAGCCUGACUUGUUAUUCAACUCUUGUACCGAAACCAGUAAUUACACCAGUAAUAGCACAUACCAGACCAACCUCAACACCCUCCUCUCCUCUCUAUCAUCUGACACCGAUAAAUACGGGUUUUACAGUUCCUCAGUUGGCGAAAACUCUGACAGAGUUAACGCGAUUGUGCUUUGCAGAGGAGACAUUCAGCUCGAGACCUGUCGUAGUUGUAUCAAUAACGCCACUAGUAAGCUCAUACAAGUUUGUCCUAACCAAAAGGAGGCCAUUGGAUGGUACGAGCUUUGUAUGCUGCGAUACUCGAACAACUACAUAAAUGGCACUGUGACAGACAAUCCCCCUUUUUUCCAGCCGAAUCAAAAUUAUGUAAAAAAUACAAGCUUGGAACAAUUCAAUAAUGAUCUGAGAACCUUGUUGGACAGGCUUCGAAGCCAGGCUUCGUCAGGAGACCUUCGUCGCAAGUUUGCGGCCGGAAACACAACUGCUCCGGAGUUCAAAACUAUUUAUGGACUUGAGCAGUGCACCCCUGAUUUAUCUGAGCAGCAAUGCGGUGAUUGUCUAACCAAGGCUAUUGAAGCUAUUCCAAGCUUUUGUGCUGGGAAACAAGGGGGGAGAUUUGCAACACCAAGUUGUAAUUUUCGGUUUGAGACCUACAGUUUCUUUAAUGAGAUUCCAGCUGAUUCACCACCACCACUAUCACCACCAGCCGGGCCGGCUCAACCGCAUGUGAGGCCUGAAGCGAAAAAUCAAAGAAAACGUGAUAAUACAACUCGAACAAUCAUCAUUAUUGUUGUUUCAAUUAUUUCUUUUAUGAUAGUACUUACUGUAUGCAUUUACAUCUUCUUAAGAAAGAGAAAGGAGGGGAAGCCAAAGAAGAAUGUUGAACUUUGUAAGGACAUGGAUGAAAUUAGCACAGUGGAAUCCUUGCAAUAUGACUUUGAUACUAUUAGUGUUGCAACAAAUAACUUCUCUGAUGCUAAUAAGCUCGGACAAGGUGGAUUUGGUGUUGUUUAUUGGGGUAGGCUUCCAAACAGACAAGAAAUAGCUGUGAAAAGGCUAUCUAGUGAUUCUGGACAAGGAGAACUAGAAUUUAAGAAUGAGGUUAUGCUAGUUGCCAAGCUUCAACACAGGAAUUUGGUUAGACUAUUGGGAUUCUGCCUUGAAGGAAUAGAAAGGAUUCUUAUUUACGAGUUUGUGACCAACUCGAGCCUCGAUAACUUCAUAUUCAAUCCCAUUAAUCGUGCACAAUUGGAUUGGGAUAUGCGUUACAAGAUCAUAAGAGGCAUUUCUCGUGGACUUCUAUAUCUUCAUGAAGAUUCACGACUUCGAAUUAUUCAUCGUGAUCUCAAAGCUAGCAAUGUUUUGUUAGAUGCACAGAUGAACCCCAAAAUUUCAGAUUUUGGCAUGGCAAGAUUGUUUGUAUUAGAUGAAACUCAAGGAAAUACAAGCAGAAUCGUGGGAACCUACGGAUAUAUGGCUCCAGAGUAUGCAAUGCAUGGCCAAUUUUCAGUCAAAUCAGAUGUGUUUAGUUUCGGUGUCCUAGUUUUGGAAAUUGUGAGUGGUCAAAAGAAUAAUUGCUUCCAAAAUGGGGAUAAUGUAGAGGACCUCUUAAGUUAUGCUUGGAAAACUUGGCGAGAAGAAACAAUAUUGAAUUUGAUAGACCCUGCAUUAAGGGAUGGCUCAGGUUCGAUACGUGAAAUAAUGAGAUGCAUUCAUAUUGGGUUGCUAUGUGUACAAGAAAAUGUAGUUGUAAGACCAACCAUGGCUUCCGUUGUUGUCAUGCUUAAUAGCUUUUCUCUUACUCUUUCAUUACCUUUAGAACCAACAUCUUUUCCGCUUAGUACCAUCAAUUCAGAGAUACCAUUACUCCAAGAGAAUAAUUAUGUGGUAUCUGAGUUCAGUCAAUCAAAAAGUAAAUCCACCCAUAUGUCAGUCAAUGAAGCUUCAAUUACUGAGUUAUAUCCUCGAUAGAUUUUGAGGUUAAGAUUGAAGUGACAAAUAUAUUUGUAUGAUUUUUUUUUUUGUUUUCUAUUCUUUCUCUUUUGAAUUUCUUUAUUUUAAUGGAAUAAUGUUUGAGUUUAAGACAUUACAAAGGAUUGUACUUUUAUCGUUACAGGGGUAGGACUGGGAUGAGUUGCCUCGUA